UACAUUGUUAACAACCAAAACAAACAUUGUCAACAUGGCCAAGCUCAGUGUAAGAAGCAGCAAGAGAAGUGUCAGUGACAUUGUGAAGUUCAAAUUCGUGGAGAAGCUCCAGAAGAGACUCUUACCAGGGAGAAGCAAAGAAGGGUCUGUUUCAAACUCAACGUAUGUUCCAGAGGAUGUGAAGGAAGGACACUUCGCUGUGAUUGCUGAGGGUGGAGAAGAACACAAGAGGUUUGUGCUGCCACUCAGUUGUUUAUCCAACCCUACGUUUUUGAAGCUGUUGGAGCAAGCAGAAGAAGAGUAUGGCUUUGAUCAUGAAGGUGCUGUCACCAUUCCUUGCAGGCCCAGUGACCUUGAGAGGAUACUGGCUCAUCAAUGGCAUCAUCAAGGAACUCAAACUUCUCGUUCAAGAAAAGCUCACAGAAAAUCCAUCGUUUUUUAACCAAAUUUUAUCAUUAAAAAAUGAUGCUGGAAUCUUUGGUUAACUUUUUUUCCUGCACCUCUGGUCAAAUUCAUUUGACUGUCUAAUUAAUUCUUCCACCAAGACCUAAUAAAAUCUUCCGGCUCCAGAUUACUCGCA